UUUGUUUGUAUGAUAUCACAGGUGAUGCUGGUGUCUCUGUGUGCUGGAGGUGUGGGCAUCAAUCUGAUUGGAGGGAAUCAUCUGUUUCUGAUUGACAUGCAUUGGAACCCAGCACUAGAAGACCAGGCAUGUGACCGGAUCUAUAGGGUGGGACAAUCCCGGAAUGUUACAAUUCACAGGUUUGUGUGUGACUGUACAGUGGAAGACAAGAUCUCUUCACUACAGGAGAAGAAGAAGGAGCUGGCUCAGAAAGUCUUGUCUGGAACUGGAUCCUCAUUCACUAAACUGUCUCUGGCAGAUCUCAGGGUCAUCUUUGGUGUGUGAUGUGCAUUUUAUUUCAGAAAGUAAAUAUUAAUCUAUAGUCUCAA